AUGUUGCCACUCUAUACCUUCUUCUACUUCCUCUUCCGCCUCACCGUGGUCUCUACUGUCCUCUGGUGGGCUUCUGCAAAGGUAUUAGAAAGACAUGUCGCUGGUAUAGUACCGUAUUUGGGCGUUCUUUCAGUCACCAUAUCUUUAGUUGGCCUCAUACUUGAUGCCCGCUUUUUCUAUCCUCGAUAUCGGAGCCCUCUACGCACACUUCCAACUGUAACGAUUCCGGUUGGGCGGGAUCAUGACCUGAUAAUCGAGUCUCCUCGAGGCUCAACGCCUCUGAAGUGGGUGACAGAGAACCCGCAUGUCGACAUUCUCAAUAUCAAGGGACUUCGCUUCAUGCCUGAGACCAUUAUCCCAAUAUCACCAUCAGCUCUUCGAGACCUGAUGUCGACCAAUACCUACGACUUUGUCAAACCGAGUGGACUGCGCACUUUCCUUGGGGGUAUCAUUGGAUAUGGCCUCAUUACCACCGAAGGAAACGUACACAAGAGACAACGUAAAGCGUUGGUGCCAGCGUUCAAUGUAAAGCAUAUCCGUGCCCUGUACCCUGCCAUGUGGCAAGAGACUGGUACACUAUUGCAGGAGAUGCAAAAGGACUGCGACAAGAAUGGCAAGGUUGAGGUUGGCGACUGGGCCUCUCGUUUGGCGCUCGACAUCAUCGGCCGCAGUGCCUUGUCACGCAACUUCCGUUCUCUAACCACCUCAGAACAUCCUGUAGCCCAGUCAUUCGCAUCAAUACUCGAGCCUGAGCCUCAUAUGGUCCGGUUCCUCGGGUUGAACCUCAUCUUCCCCGUAGCCCUGACCAGGCUGCUCCCAGUCGAAGCAAACAGGGUCGUCCAAACACAGAGCGCUUACCUCCGCAACUUCUGCAACGAUCUCCUUGCGGAUCAACAGCGCGUCCUUCGCCUCAGAGCCGAAAAGGAAAAGGGCCGCGACCACGAGAACGAACACACCAUCUUGACCAACAUCAUCGAAAGCGGUGACUUUACGAACGACGAGCUCGUCGACCAGAUGCUCACUUUCAUCGCCGCUGGCCACGAGACCACCGGCUCAUCCAUCAGCUGGGCCAUGCACCUCCUCACCCUCGCCGAAAACAAGCACUACCAGAAGCUCAUCCGCGACGAGAUACGCGCCGGCAUCAAAGUCCCUGAAGGCGCCGACGCAGCGAGCUUCGAACUCGCAGACUGCCCACAGUGGCACGAGUUCGAGUCGUUUCCAUACCUCAAUGGUCUCUGCGAGGAGAUUCUUCGUCUCUUCCCCGCGGUUCCCACAACACUACGGGAGUCCAUCCGCCAGACCACACUCGCGGGCCAAGUCAUCCCCGCUGAUACACUCGUCCUCGUCGUGCCAUGGGCCAUCAAUCGCAAUCCACACUUCUGGGGCCCCGAAGCCGAUAAGCUGCGUCCGGAGAGAUGGAUUGACAGGUUGGAGGAUGGGACGAUGAGGCCAAAUAGGCACGGCGGAGCGGAAUCGAAUUACUGCGAGAUCACGUUCUUGCAUGGACAGAGAGCCUGUAUUGGACGCGACUUUGCUAAGGCAGAGUUGAGAUGUGUGUUGGCGUCGAUUCUGGGGAGAUUUGAGGUCAACCGAUUAGCUGGAGACAAUGGAGAUGUGGAAAUCACCGGGGCGGUGACGACGAAGCCGAGGGGCGGACUGAGGAUUCAUUUGACGAGAGUGCCUGGUUGGUAG